AUGGCGACCAUUUACAGCGACGGAGAACUCCGAUUUUUUAGACUUACUAAGGGUGUAGUGGAUUAUUCGACCGAAGCAUUGAGGAUAGUUUUCAAACAAGAAUGGAAUUAUCUUUAUCCUGCCACUCCGUGGCGAGAUGACCACACUAGUGGCGCGCAGAUUUUAGCGGAGGAAAGGCGAGCACCGGGAUCCCGGCUCUAUGAUCCAGCGUACAGCGCGGAGUAUCAGCCGAUCAGGGAUCAUUUGUCUUCUGGAGACGUAGAAGAAUGGGACGUUACCAAGUUAGUUUUUGCUCUGAAGUUCUCGCACGCUUUGGCCUCAAGCCGUUGGAGUCACUACGGUAGAAGGAUUGGAAACGCUAUCUAUAGGCUAAAAGAAGUAAGAAACGAGGUCAUAGCCCAUGCCAGUAAAGCAUAUCUUUCUCGAAGAAGAUUCCAUAGAAACAUCGAUACUCUGACUCGGGCUGUUGGAGAUCUACUGAGAACUUCACAUCCUCUUGUUGGAAAACUACAAACCUUGGAGACUGAGAUAGAAUUCCGAACCGAGGAUCUCGAGCGAUAUAAACAGUGGUUAAAGGACGACAACAACAGCCUCCUCUACUUAGAAAAAGAUCUCGAAAGGUUGGAAAACAAAAUGAAGAUCCAGCCAGUUGGGGGAAACGAUCAUACACCAUCGAACGCAGCCGGAAGUUCUCGAGCGUCCGGGAAUAAUGAGAUCAUUUCGAAAAUACAAACUCGCGUGGCAAGAAUACAACGUCAUGUGAAUGUUAGUGUUGACCUGGUGCCUUCACGCACAAAACCGGAGAUUUUCCAAAGUAGCCGAUACAUUAAAAUGAUAAACAAGUCUAAUUCUCUGUCGUUCAAUUUACGCUGGGAUGAAUUGGAGACGUUUCUGAAGGGAUUUACUAGUGACCUGGAUUUGAAGAUUUUGGCUGGCAUCCAGCACGCAGCUGCCCUAAGCCAUCGUUCUAGAAAAGAUGAAGCAUUAGAAGUGCUUAAUGGUCUGGUUCCUAACGCUCUUCUGGCAAACAACGGGUAGGUUCAAUGUAACAUUUGUUUUAACAGUAGUGAGGAAAUAAUUCGAAAUCCGGAAAUCGAAACCGAAACUUGAGGGAAAACGGGAACAAAAUCAGCCUGGAAACAGAACCAAAGCUCAGCCGCAAAAGGUGAACUGAGAGCUCGGGAAUGAAAUCUAACGAAGAAGGAAAUUUUGCUCGUAAUCUGGGGCUGUUUCUUAAUAAUGACUGGUCGUAAAGGUUGACAGAAAUAAAAGAAGGGUGUUAAGAUAGGGUGACUAAUAAUGCGUGUACGACCGAGUAGAGUCCAGUUCAGUCUGUAAUCGAGGGUCUCAAUGGGGUUAACUUUUGGUCAUAAACAAAAUUAAACUGUAGAUAUUUUUUUGUUAACUUUGACGGAAAGAAAUUAACUGUUAGCCGUAAAAUGGUCAAAAUUUUAACCGUUGGCCGUAAAAGAGAGGCCUCGAGACUUGCGUAAUCAUACAAGUGAUAAACAAAAUCGUAUAACCUCCAGAGCGGAAGUGCAAUUUGUUCAUCACGAGUAUGAUUUUAGAAAAAGUCAGGCAAUUGAUAACUAAUCACGUUCGAUAAUUUUGGUUCAGUUUACUUUGCGUUCACACUUUUCUUUUUCAUAUUCAGGGUUUGGAUACAUGCGAGGAUAAAGAUACGGAAAUCGUAUCUGCUACAUGACAAGGGCCAAGACGACAAAGCUUUAAGAGAGGUGGACGAAGCAGAGCAUAUGCUAAGUCUUGGGGAGUGCCAUGAAGACACUGCUGAGGUCAACAACGCUAAAGCAAAUAUUAUUUUGUCAAGCAACCGAAACAGCAAAGAAGACCAGCAGAAUAUUCUGCUACACUUAGAUAAAUCAAUCGAGUAUUGCGAGAAGGCCACAGUCAAUAAGAGCAACACAGUUGUACAAGUGACACUGCGCAAGGCUCUCGUCCAUUUGGGCUUUUAUCAACACGGCAUCUUAGAGGAAGUUUCAAGCUCAGAUAUAGACAUCGCAAAGACUGUCUUGAAUAACAUUGAACGGCAGAUUGAGACGAUGUCUGAACGAAGUAAGAUCUAUUACACUUAUAGCCAAUCACUGCUCGCUUAUCGGGAAGGCGAUAUAGGAAGAGCGACUAAACUUGAACACAAAGCUCGGAAAAAGUGCGUCGAGCAUGACCUCACUAAUGAAAUUCAACAACUUGAUCGCUUGAGAGAUCUAAUACGAGCACCAUCACGUGGAGAGCAUUGA